CCCAUUUCUCGUGAAAGCCUACGUGACAAAGAAUUUCAUCCCUCUCUCUUCCUUCCUUCCCUAUUCCUCUACUCCCUUCAGUUCAGAGUCUCAGACACACAAACCCCUCUCUCUCUCUCUCUCUCUCUCUCUCUACUCUCUACUCUCUACUCUUUCUCCCAUUUUCUUGUUUGGUUGUGCAAUCAUGGCUUCUCUUUCUGCAAGUAAAAUGAUAUGAUAUGGGCAUUUUCCAUGUACAAAAUCACAACCCAUGUUCCAUAUAUAAUUCAAUCAUCUUCAUACCUCUGUUGUUUGCUUCCUCUUGUUUUUCUCUCUGCACUCUACUGUAGCAGUAGCUCUUCCUUUCAUUUGGGUAUUCAAUCAGUUCCAACCCUGAAAAAAAAAACCCCUUGAUUGGUGUGCUUUUCUUUUUACUUGUUCCUCUUAAACUUGAGGGAUACCCCUACAAAUUAAGGGAUUGGGUUUGCUCUCUGAUGCAAUGCUGAAAUGGGUUUUCUCAAAAAAGUUGACAGCUGAUUUGGGGUCAUGGUUUUUCAUGCGAGUACCUUCAAUGGUGGGUUUGAUUCUCUGAGCAAGAAGAAAAACUGACAUUUGGUUGCAAGUUCAGAAGCUGAAUACUAAAUCAUUGAAGAAAAAAAAAGUUGGGUUUUGGAGGUUGAAGGGUUUUAUGUAUGCCCUUGUCACUGUUUUGGAGUUUGGAGAAGAAAGUUGAGUUCUUUUCCACAGGGAAGUGUUCCAGACAACCCAAAUAUGGUGGUUUUGUGCUUGUUCUGUGUUCUUCUUGUUGGGUUUCUAUCCGAGUCCCAUCUUGUGGCUGCUCAGCUUUAUGAUCAAGCUACAUUGCUCGCCAUUACCGAAGAGCUCGGAGUACUCGGAUGGGGUGGCAACAGCUCAGAUUACUGCUCUUGGCCUGGCGUUGGAUGCGGUUUGAACCAUUCUAUGGUCGAAAAGCUUGAUCUUUCGCACCACAGCCUCCGAGGUAAUGUGACUCUUGUUUCUGAGCUCAAAGCUCUGAAGAGGCUUGACCUCUCUUACAAUGAUUUCCAUGGAUCAAUUCCUUCAGCUUUUGGAAAUUUGUCACAGCUUGAAUUUCUUGAUUUGUCUUUGAAUAAGUUCGGAGGUUCAAUUCCGCCGGAGCUGGGUAAACUCAGAAACCUUAGAUCAUUGAACCUCUCCAAUAACUUUCUUGUAGGAAAAAUACCCGAUGAAAUUCAGGGCCUAGAAAAGUUGGAGAAUUUUCAAAUUUCAAGUAAUAAGUUGAGUGGUGUUAUCCCUAUGUGGGUGGGGAAUUUCACCAACUUGAGAGUUUUUACUGCCUAUGAGAAUGCAUUGGAGGGUAAAAUCCCAGAUAAUCUAGGGUUGCUUUCUGAGCUCGAAUCAUUGAAUCUGCAUUCUAACCAGCUAGAAGGCCCAAUUCCCAAAAGCAUUUUUGCUUCAGGGAAGCUGGAGUUUUUGGUUCUGACCCAGAACAGACUAGGUGGAGAUAUUCCUGAAGAAAUUGGAAACUGCAGUAGCCUUUCGAGUAUUCGAAUUGGUAACAAUGAUCUUGUAGGUAGCAUUCCUCAUGCAAUUGGGAAUGUUAGUAGCCUUACAUACUUUGAGGCUGACAAUAACAAUCUUUCUGGUGAGAUUGCUCCAGAGUUUUCUAAGUGUUCUAAUCUCACCCUCUUAAAUUUAGCCUCAAAUGGAUUUACCGGGAGAAUUCCUCCGGAGCUUGGCCAGCUCGUGAAUCUGCAGGAAUUAAUUCUCUCCGACAACAGUCUGUUUGGAGAUAUUCCAAAAUCAAUUCUCGAUUGCAAGAAUCUUAACAAGCUUGAUCUGACCAAUAAUAGAAUCAAUGGUACCAUACCAAGUGAUAUCUGCAACAUGUCGAGAUUGCAAUACUUGCUGUUGGGUCAGAAUUCGAUACGGGGUGAAAUACCUCAUGAGAUUGGAAACUGUGUUAAACUGCUUGAGUUGCAGAUGGGAAGAAACUAUUUCACUGGCAGUAUCCCUCCGGAAAUUGGUCAUAUCAAAAACUUGCAGAUUGCCUUAAACUUAAGCUUCAAUCAUCUCCAUGGACCUAUUCCUGCAGAUUUAGGGAAACUUGAUAAGCUGGUUUCUCUUGAUGUCUCCAACAAUCAGCUGUCUGAUGUCAUUCCAACUGCACUCAAGGGCAUGUUAAGCUUGAUAGAGGUUAAUUUCUCAAACAAUCUGUUCACUGGCCCGAUACCAACAUUUGUGCCAUUCCAGAAGAGUCCGAAUGCAAGUUUUCUUGGGAAUAAAGGGCUUUGUGGAGAACCACUGAGCUCCUUAUGUGCAAAUUCUAAUGGUAGUGACCGUGCAAGUUACCAUCACAGGGUUUCUUACAGGAUUGUACUGGCAGUUAUCGGUUCUGGUUUGGCAGUUUUUAUAUCGGUAACCAUUGUUGUCCUGCUGUUUAUGAUCAGAGAGAGACAGGAGAAGGCAGAAAAAGCUGCGGGGACUGAAGACGAGGUGGCCAACAACCUACCGGAGAUAGCAGCUGGCAAUGUCUUUGUUGAGAAUCUCAAACAAGCAAUAGAUCUUGAUUGUGCUGUUAAAGCAACCAUGAAGGAUUCAAACAAGAUCAGUACCGGGACUUUUAGCACAGUUUACAAGGCUGUUAUGCCGUCGGGGCUGAUUAUAUCAGUGAAGAGACUGAAAUCUAUGGACAGGACAAUCAUUCAUCAUCAGAACAAGAUGAUUCGAGAGCUCGAAAGGUUGAGCAAACUCUGUCAUGACAACCUAGUGCGUCCUAUCGGAUUUGUUAUUUACGAGGAUGUUGCUCUUUUGCUGCAUCAUUACUUGCCCUAUGGGACAUUAUCUCAGCUUCUUCAUGAAUCCACCAAGCUGCCCGAAUAUGAACCUGACUGGCCCAAAAGACUCUCUAUUGCCAUUGGAGUAGCAGAAGGAUUGGCUUUCCUUCAUCAUGUGGCGAUUAUCCACCUGGAUAUUUCUACUGGUAAUGUUCUUUUGGAUGCUAACUUCAAGCCUUUGGUUGGAGAGAUUGAGAUCUCGAAGCUCUUGGAUCCAACCAGAGGCACAGCCAGUAUCAGUGCAGUUGCAGGCUCCUUUGGCUACAUUCCUCCGGAAUAUGCAUAUACAAUGCAAGUUACAGCGCCCGGGAACGUCUAUAGCUACGGUGUUGUUUUGCUUGAGAUCCUUACAACCAAAUUACCAGUAGAUGAAGCCUUUGAUGAGGGGGUAGAUUUGGUGAAGUGGGUGCAUAAUGCUCCGGCAAGAGGCGAAACCCCAGAGCAGAUUCUCGAUGCAAGGCUGAGCACAGUGUCCUUCGGUUGGAGGAAAGAAAUGCUUGCAGCACUGAAGAUUGCAUUGCUCUGCACUGACAGCAUACCCGCCAAACGUCCGAAAAUGAAGAAGGUUGUGGAAAUGCUGCAAGAAAUAAAGAAACACUGAUGGAUAGUGAGUCAUUGAGUCUUCUAUGCCCUGAACCCAUCAAUCAGAUCAUCCAUAUUCUUGCUCGGUGUCCGAGAAAUGAAGCGAAAAGGCGGUAGUAAUCGAUUUGAGUUGAAACUGGAAGAGGGGGUGGAUGAAUGCAGGGAAAGUCCUCCCAUUGGAAAGGAUUGGUCUAAGUUUCUGUUACAUAUUAGAUCCAAAUCAUAAUGCUGUAGUUCUUGGUUUUUGAGAUUUAAAUGUGAAGGUGCAUGUCUAUGGCUUCUUUAAUCAAGUUCACACCUUUUUGCAAGGAAAA